AGGUGAGGCCCAGAAGAUGGCCGCGCCGACAGCAACGCCACGAGAAGCCGACCCGCUGAAGCCCGCCGAGACCAGCCUAGAGCUCCGCGAGGCCGCCACCGUGUCUGUGACUGUGGCGCUGACGACUCAGCCGGCGGCUCCAGCUCCUGGGGGCGCCUUCUCGUUGUCCGUCGUCUUUCCCGGCUCGGUCACCCGCGAAGGCUGCUUCCGUUUCACCUGCGAGCUUUUAAAGCACGUCCUCUACCAGAGGCAGCAGCUGCCUUUGCCUUACGAGCAGCUCUCCUGCUUCUACCGGAUGCAGCAGCUGUCCAAGCCCGCUAGCCAGGAAAAAGACAUGGUCAAGAAGGUUUAUCUGAAAGAUCAGGACAACAAAAAGUGCCAGCAAGUGUUGAAUGAUCUUGAAGGUAUUUUCCAGCACUUGGAAAUCAUGUUCAGUUUGACACUGGUCCCACGAGUUCUUAUUUUGCUUGGAGGUACAGCUGUUAACCCCAGAGAGCUCUAUGAAAUCAACUUACAAGAUAUAUCCAUGAGUGGCACCGAACAGAGUUUGUCAACCUCAACCUGUAUUCGCAAGCUAUUCCGUUCUCUUUUCAUGGCAGAUGUGUUCAGUGAGCUUCAGGCUAUUCCCACCAUGAGUGUCAUUGUUAUGGUUCAAGGGCAUCGCAACUGUGGUAUUGACUGGUUUAGACCCAAACUAAACUACAAAGUGCCAACUCGAGGAAGGAAAUUGACUGUUAACUUAUCAUGCAGUGAUGGAAAUAGUACAGCCCUUCCCACCUGUGAAGAAAUAAACUCUGUCUGGGAUGAUUAUAUAUGGUUCCAAGCUCCAGUAACAAUCAAAGGCUUUAAUUAUUUUUCUUGAUAAAUAUUUAAGGAAAAGUUCUUAACUAGCUAUGCUAAUCUUGUGUUUCUUACAUCGCAAAGAACAAUUCCCCUGUUUAAAUUUCUUCUUCUUUCAGAAGUAAUGUUAAACUCUGCAGUACAGAGGUGAAAAUGUACAUAUGUCUAUGAUGACAGAAAGUACCUCUGGAUAACUGAUUCAAUGUAUUGCCAAAGCCUUAUGGACCCUUUAACCUGUAUUCUGUGCUGCAGAUUUUACUAUAAAAGGAUACUUGAAAAUACCUGUGCCAGUAUAUACCUGAUUCAAUACUGAAUUUCCAGUGGAAUAUGUGCAUCUAUGCAAAUUUGAUGUAUUCCAGUUUUUUCCCCAGAAAUACAAUGAAAGCUACAUAAAUUGCUACUUUUUUCAAUAGUGAAAAUUGUCUAAAGAUUGAUUGUAGUUCAGGACAGCAUAGUUGAACACCCCUCUGGAGGAAUAAUGGCUAUUUGAAAUUGAUAUUGUGUACAGUAGAUGUAUGAUACUUUUAGGUACAUUCCUAUUUCAAGCAGCAAUUCAGACGGAUGUUCUCUAAAUUGACAGGUGUGAUUACAAUUACAUACAUGCUUAUCUAAGAAUGUGUGAAUGAUCUCCAGGGGUUUUUUUUUUAUCAUACUUUUGGAAUACUAAUCUGCCUCUGAUUUUUAUUAGUAAAGCGUAACAUUUUAAAAUUACCCGUUACGGAAAUAGAAGUUGUGUUUAAUUGUUCCUAUAAAUUCAUUUUAAGAUUGUAAAAUUUGGUUUUGAUUUCCUGUUCAGUUGGGUUUACCAAUACUGUCAAGUAAUAAGAUAGAUGAAAAAGAAAUCUUAUUCCCCUAUUAGCUAUUGCACAUACUUGGAUUGUAUGAAGACAGAUGAAUAUUGGGCAAGCAUUAUGAGACCACAUCUAGUCUCAUUCUGAAAGAAGCUUGAUGAAGGAAGACAGGUGGGACAAUACAGAAACUCUGAAAAUGGAUAUGUUUCUUAACCAGUUGUUCUGAGGCACAGAAAGAUGUAAGGGGCUUUUGGAGGCAGUGUUAAAUGUUUUCAUGCCAAAGUUUAAAUCUGGGACAGAUAUAGCAAUGGCCAAGCACUCUCUGAGACUGUGGCAUUUAAAUAACCACUCUGCUUAAAGUGUUUUAUUAUAUCUACACUAUAACGGAUUGUCUUCCUUUAUGUCAUUGUGUACUAUACUGUUAAAGACAAUUGUUGAAGACAAUUAUUGUAUGUUCGAAUACUUCUGUGCUUAGAAACAAUAUGCUGUAGAGAAAAUAACCAUAUCUAAAAAAUGAAAUUCAACUUUUUUUCCAAGUAUUAAUCAAUUUGGAAAACUAUAUAAAAUGAUCUGUUUAAUUAUCUGAUUGUGAAAGUGCUGCCUCAUUGAACUAUAAAAAUGCCCGUCCUAUUUCAGUUUGUAUAAAGAAGUAAAUCUGAACAUGAACCAC